AUAGGCUUUUUUGAGUUUGGGAAGGACACAGGGGCCCCAUGAUCCCCUAUUGCCCGGGGGCCCCAUGAGUUAUCAGUCCACCCCUGAGAAGGACUGAACUUACUGUCAUGUAAUGUCAUGUGCAACUUAGAUGGCUUACUCUGUGGUCUCGGUCAGGUGGCAGAAAGUCUCUAUGUAGACAGGGGCCCCCCUAUCCUCAUGAUUCCACUUCAGAGACCAAUUAGGAUGGAAGCACUCUGGCUU